AUGAUCCUCCAGCCCCUCGCACCUCUGGACCCUGGCGAACAACCGAUCCCCGUGCUGGACUUCGGGGAUGUUGGUCCACCGCGAUGCCGACGAUGCCGAACCUAUAUCAACCCUUUCAUGUCCUUCCGAUCUGGUGGCAGCAAGUUCGUUUGUAACAUGUGCACAUUCCCGAACGAUACACCUCCCGAAUACUUCGCGCCGCUGGACCCCUCCGGUGCGCGUGUCGAUCGCAUGCAGCGGCCGGAAUUAAUGAUGGGAACUGUGGAGUUCACUGUUCCCAAAGAAUACUGGAACAAAGAACCUGUUGGUUUGCAAACACUCUUUUUGAUCGAUGUCAGCCGGGAGUCGGUCCACCGAGGAUUCCUCAAGGGUGUCUGUCAGGGUAUUCAAGAUGCUCUGUACGGCGAUGGUAGUGAACCAUCUGGGACUGAAGGCGAUGAGUCGACGCGCAAAUUGCCUGCGGGGGCAAAGGUCGGCAUUGUCACGUAUGACAGGGAAGUGCAAUUCUACAACCUGACCGCAACAUUGGACCAGGCCCACAUGAUGGUAAUGACCGAUUUGGAGGAGCCUUUUGUACCUUUGAGCGAGGGUCUCUUUGUGGACCCAUAUGAGUCGAAGUCCGUGAUCACUUCGCUUCUCAGCAAGAUACCCAGCGUUUUCUCUCAGAUCAAGAACCCCGAGUCUGCUUUGCUACCAACAUUGAACUCGGCACUCUCAGCACUACAGGCUACAGGUGGCAAGAUUGUCUGUGCUAUGGCCAGUCUGCCUACCGGUCCGGGGGCCCUGUCAAUGAGAGAGGAUCCAAAAAUCCACGGAACAGAGGCAGAACGGAAGCUGUUCAGCACAGAAAAUCCAGCAUGGAAGAAGACAGCAAGCAAGCUGGCUGAAGCAGGUGUAGGCGUCGAUCUGUUCAUGGCAGCUCCCGGUGGCACUUAUCUGGAUGUGGCAACCGUCGGACAUGUCUCUGGUCUCACUGGAGGCGAGACCUUCUUCUACCCUAACUUCCAUGCUCCUCGAGAUCUCCUGAAGCUGCGGAAUGAAAUUUCUCAUGCUGUCACCCGAGAGACUGGAUACCAGACCUUGAUGAAAGUCCGAUGCUCCAAUGGGCUCCAGGUUUCUGCUUACCAUGGGAACUUCGUUCAGCAUACACUCGGUGCGGAUCUUGAGAUAGGUGGCAUUGAUGCUGAUAAGGCCAUUGGUGUUCUCUUUAGCUACGAUGGAAAGCUUGACCCUAAGCUGGACGCGCACUUCCAGGCUGCCUUGCUGUACACUUCCGCAGACGGCCAACGGCGCGUCCGUUGUAUCAACGUUGUAGCGGCGGUUAAUGAGGGUGGUAUGGAGACGAUGAAGUUUGUCGAUCAGGAUGCCGUGGUUGCUGUCAUCGCCAAGGAGGCUGCAUCUAAAACUUUGGACAAGACCCUCAAAGAUAUCCGGGCCAAUAUCUCAGAGAAGACAGUCGAUAUCUUCAGCGGAUACCGCAAGAUCUUCUCUGGAUCCCACCCACCUGGGCAAUUGGUGUUGCCUGAGAACCUGAAGGAAUUCUCAAUGUACAUGCUGAGCUUGGUCAAGUCAAGAGCAUUCAAGGGCGGCAACGAGUCAUCAGACCGACGGGUGCAUGACAUGCGCAUGAUCCGGUCAUUCGGCUGCACCGAAAUGUCCCUGUAUCUCUACCCGCGCAUUAUCCCAGUCCACAACAUGCAACCAGAAGAUGGAUUCCCGAACGAGCACGGACAACUCCAAAUCCCGCCCUCCCUACGAGCCAGCUUCUCCCGCAUCGAAGAAGGCGGCGCCUAUCUAAUCGACAACGGCCAGGCCGUCCUACUAUGGCUGCACGCACAGGUAUCGCCCAAUCUAUUGGAAGACCUAUUCGGCCCAGGCCACGACUCCCUCCAAGGCCUCAGCGCCAACACCUCCUCCCUUCCCGUGCUGGAGACGCAUCUGAACGCCCAGGUACGCAACCUGCUGCAAUACUUCUCGACAGUGCGCGGAUCCAAAUCCGUGACGAUCCAGCUGGCCCGGCAAGGCAUGGAUGGGGCGGAGUACGAGUUCGCCCGACUCCUGCUGGAAGACCGGAACAAUGAGGCACAAAGCUACGUUGACUGGUUGGUUCAUAUCCACCGCCAGAUAAACAUGGAGUUGGCUGGACACCGCAAGAAGGAGGAUUCGGGUGAGAGCUCGGGUGCCUUGGCCAGUUUGUCUGCUAUGCGGGCUCCAUAUUGGUAGAGGGAGAUGGUGAGGUGAGAUUCGCCCACACUAUUCCAAUCCACACCCUGCCAGGUACGCCCACCCUCCCGGCCGCCCGGCCGGCGCCUCCGGCUAGGCUGCAGGCUUACCUGCAAGAAUGGCGACGGGGAGUUAGUUGGAGGGGUGGGGACAGAUGAGGGGUCUGGCCUGUCCAUGCCAGGAAAAUGAGGGUGAGGGGGACGCUUACUUUGGUGGCUGAGUUGAUGUAGGGUGGAGCGAGCGGCGAUGCAAAGGCAAAAGGAACGGGAAAAAAAAGAACAAAAAAAGCAGAAACAGAAUCGGUGUGAGACACCGGAGAAUUCAUGUGCACAGUUCAAUAUACCAGGUCGUAUUUUUCUCAGUAUGUCACUAUGUCACCUUGGUCCACAUGGGAAUGCCUGUAUACUCAUUAGCCAAGACGCAGUAGACAGUUCCACAUGUCUACUUUAACC